AUGCGUACAAGCCGAGAGGCGCCGCCACACAGAUGGUGCAUCAUGAACACCCAUUCCCUCGCCCUUUUGGAUAUACUUGACAAGGUGCUGGCCUACGUCCGCGCCCUCGGCUUAUAUGUGGCCAGCUCGUUGAGCAAACCGUUUGCCGGGCCGUCACGCGGAACGGGAGCAAAUGAAGUACGCCGCUUCAUACGAAGGACCAGAAGCCUUCGGUCGCGGCUCAACCCUAGCGAGCGCUCUUUGGAAGCGCCAACGUGGAUUGACAACGGCAUUGCUCCUCUUGUUUCCUUUGGUCGCUCCACCUCCAAACAUCCUAUCCGCGCCAACCGAUCCGCGUCAUGUCAAGGAACGCGACCACCUGUAGAGAUUCCUCCACCAGGAAGUGAGGUCCUACCUCCACCGACUGUAGCAAUAGACGCUACAACGAGUUGGCAGAUGUACGAAACUGUGGCCUCGAUCGCUCACAGUCGUUCAUCGGUUCUGCUAUCGGCGAGUUCGAGCGCGGCUCGAGCGAGGAGGUCGCCGAUCGAGGCCCCCUUCGCUCACUCCCGUACUUCGACCGUUCCUUUAUUUCAAGAUAGACAUCCCGAUGACUAG